GAGAAUCAGUCUCAUACAGAUACAACCAGUACCCAACUGCCACUCGAAAUGGCCCCAUCCGCGGUAGAAGUACAGACUAGUACAACCACGGUCCCAGACCUGGCAACUCUAAGGCUUCAGGCGCCGCACAGCAGCCCAUACAAGGAACUGGCAGCCAACAAGGUCGAUGCUGAGGCGGAGGCUGGGCUGAAAGGCCACAAAGCAGCCAAAUACCCUCACUACCUCCCAACCUGGAACCGUGACGAAAAGUACCCACCGCUACAGCCGUUUGAGCACUAUGAGCACGGUAAGGACGCCGACACCUCGUACCCAAACUUGCUCCCUUCAGGGGUCACCGUGACGCACCUCACGCCGACCAUUGGCACCGAGAUCAAGGGUAUCCAGCUUAGCGCACUCAACUCGGCCGGCAAGGACGAACUGGCCCGGUUUGUAGCCGAGCGCAAGGUAGUCGCCUUCCGCAACCAAGAUUUUGCCGAUUUGCCGAUUGAGAAAGCCCUGGAAUUCGGGUUAUAUUUUGGGCGCCAUCACAUCCACCCCACCUCCGGCGCGCCGGCAGGCUACCCAGAGAUACACGUCGUGCACCGCGGGGCGGGGGACGACAGCGUGGACAAGUUCUUCGCGGGGCGGACGAGCACGGUGGCGUGGCACUCGGACGUGUCGUACGAGCAGCAGCCGCCGGGGACGACGUUCCUCUACGUGCUGGACAAGCCCGGGACCGGGGGCGACACGCUGUUUGUGGACGCCGCCGAGGCCUACAGGCGGCUCAGUGCGCCCUUCCGGCAGCGCCUGCACGGCCUGCGGGCCACCCACUCCGCCGUCGAGCAGGCCCAGGCGUCGCUCGCCCGCGGUGGCAUCAAGCGCCGCGAACCCGUCGUCAAUGAGCACCCCAUCGUGCGCACCCACCCUGCCACGGGCGAGAAGGCCCUCUAUGUCAAUCCGCAGUUCACCCGCGAUAUUGUGGGACUCAAAAAGGAGGAGUCCGACGCUAUUCUGAAAUUCCUCUACGACCACCUUGCCUUUGGCGCUGACUUUCAGGCGCGAGUCAAGUGGGAGGAGGGCACGGUCGUGGUUUGGGACAACCGGGUGACGCAGCACUCGGCCUUGGUUGACUGGAGGAGUGGGGAGCGGCGGCAUCUGGCGAGGAUUACACCCCAGGCCGAGAGGCCGUUCGAGACGCCCUUUGAGGGAUAGCCUUCUUAUAUCGCGAUACUGGUGGUACUUCAUUUUGGUUCUGUCACGUUGAAUGUGUGGCGCAUGUCUCGCGACCGUUCAGCCGUAGCUAUAUGAAGGGGAUUUCGUUGAGAGAUGCAGUUUGGCUCUCAGAUGACUUGAUGGCAUUUUCGCGGAUCUUUGAUUCGCGUCGUCGUUUUUGCUCUGUGCGACGGGACCGUAGGCGGGAAAACAG